GCACGCGCGCCGCCGCCGGAUCAUCGGGAGCGCGCGCUGCUCCGUGACCCAUCUCACUGAACAAAGGAUUCUCGCUUAACAAAUCUCCUCUGCGGACCUAAAAUGGCGCCCGCUCUCUCUCCGCACACCAUGGAGACGUGAGCGGCUAGAGCGGCAGCUUCAGGGCCUCGAGGCCUCUCUGCCGCAGCUCACUCGCUGGUGAAGCGUGAGGGAGGAGAGGAAAGAGAGGAGAGGCCUGGCUUGCCAUGGCGGGCGAGGAGGCCCCGAAGUCUUUUAAGCUGCUGGGAAUACUCGAUGUCAAAAAUGUCCCUUGUGCUCGAGAAUCAUUACUCUAUGGAUCUUUGGGUGGCAUCACAGUGGGCCUUGGACACUUUUUGGCAACUAGCAGAGUGAGACGAUCUUGUCACUUUGGAAUGGGAGGUUUUAUCCUGACAACUCUGGGAUGUUGGACCUAUUGUAGGUACAAUAAUGCAAAAUUAAGAAUUCAGCAACGCAUGAUUCAAGAAGGCAUUAGAAACAAGAUCUUGUAUGAAAGCACUCGGUUUGAUCCAGAGAAGAGGACAAUGAAAAACACUGAAGAAAGCCGUUCAUAGUUUUCAUAACAAUUCUUAAGAACUGGCAAUCAUUAUUUAUAGCUUGCUAUGAAUCAUAGGACCUUCUUGCUGCUUAUGUCACUUAGCAGAUCCCCCUAACCAAGUGACCUAUCUUCAAGAUGCAGUUGGUUUUUCACUUUUAUUCGUAUUUCACUUUUGAUUUAUGUGCAGCUGUUUUAGAGGGAAAACCUGAUCUGCUUUAGAUUGCCAAAAUCUAACAUGGAUGUACUUAAUUAGAAUGAAUAGCUUCAGUUAAACUACAAAGUUUGGUGUUUUCAGUGAUAAUGACAGCAACUACAUUAAAUUAAAGUUUGGCUGCAAUACCUUAGUAGGGGAUAAAUUAAACAUUUAUUAAACAGCUUCAUCCUCUGGCCUAAACAGUAAGCAUAUUUGAUUAAACUUGGUGUGGCUUGGCUCUGAGUAUAUUCAUGAAGUUACAAUGAUCAAAAUAGGCUAGAACUAUGUAAGCCUAAAUUAGCAUUAAUUUUUUUGCCUUCAUCUAAAUUGGAAACCUGCAUCCUGUCAUAUGUGCUUAUUUUAUAUGUGCUUUGUCAUGUGAUCAUCCAAUACCUUUUUUACCAUUGCUCUGGGAAAGAGAAUAAUGCUACGUAAAAUCUCCCUCAUGGGCUCUGCUACAAUAUUGAAAUGUUGAUCAGACUUAGUUUAUUUUAGUCUUUGAUAUAAUUGUAUGCAUCUCUUGCACUUGUCCAUACUAUAUCGAUUGAAGUAUAUUUAAUGGGGCAUUUUCUAUCUGUAGUAAAAUUUGACAUAGUAGUGUUUCAAGAACAAUGUUGUGUUAAAAAGGUGGCAUGAAAGAGGAAUCUGAACUAAGAUGAUGCCAUAAUCGCAACUGAGAAUUGUGAGGGGAGCAUUCCUUUACUUUAUUGUUGUAACAACUCUUAGUACGAACAACAAGCUACUGUUUUGUGUUUUUGAACAUACGCUUCUGCUGUGGGUGUUGCCACAGCACUUUCAUCAAAAAGUGACCAUUUGCACAUAUUGCUUUUGAGCCUAAACAGGUUGUAAUAAUACAUUAUAAAUUUAAUGAUUUUUGUAGUUUAUCAAAAUUUGUUUUUAACUGAAGAGAUUAGUCUCUGUAUUGUAUUCCAUGCUUUCAGUAUAGUUUAGAAUAUAAAAUAUCCAUUUUAAGACAAAUUGAGAUAUAUGUUGAAUCUUGUGAUGAUGUCAUAACAUCAUGAUCAAAUGGGCUGUUCUGUAAGUUGAUUGUUAAGUGCCUGGCAUUUUAUACGAGAGCCAGGGUAGAUUGGAACAAGCCGUAUCUAGUUCAAUUCUCUGUUCAUACAGUGGUGAAAUAAUAGUUUGUGUGAAGCCCACAAGCAAGAUAUUAGUAGACAGUUCCCCAAGAGGCAUGCUGCCUUUGACAUAAGAGCUGUUGAUAAUAAUGUCUUCCAGUAAUUCAUCCCAUCUUUUUCUGUCCUUAGUUACCUCUUUGAAAACUUGUUUUAAGGAUUAAUGCGCACUUGGUAGUGAAUUCGGAUGAAUUAAAGUUUUAACAUUGCUGUGACUCAGCGGGAGUUUCGAACAAAUGUGACUAUUGUCACACAAGCAGUGUACACAAGCAUUUGCACAGCACUCAAGAAUGCUAAUAAAUAUUAGAUAAUAUUAUGCUGAAGACUUUGCAGUGUUUCAAAUCUGUUUCAAAAACCUCAUAAGCUCAUUUACAACAGCCCAGUUACCUGAUUUAUCUGCUAUUUCUGCUCCUGUUAAGCCUAGCAACCUCACCUACCAGCUCCUUGGUGGGUAGGUGCUACACAAAACUAAGAGUAAUUGGUAUGUAAUAGGGCUGCUUCAAAGGAAUUUGUUAAUUAGAAUAAUGACUUUCAAAGCAUGUGAAAAGUUGCUCAUUUUUAAUCUAGUAGGUGCUCCUAGCAGAACACUCUUGCAAGGCAAACUUUGAACACCAUGGCUGAGAAGCAGAAAAAAUGAAAGAUGAUUGCACAAUGGUUAACUGUCAUUAUUAAGAGCCAGCAUGGUGAAGUAGUUUAAGCAUUGGACUAGAAUCUAGGGUAGAAAUCUCCACUUUCCCAUGGACCCUUCUUGCCAAGAACCCAUAAUAGGUUUGCCUCAAGAGUUCCCACACAAUAACAACAGAUAGUUUAGAUAAUAAAUAAACUUUAUAUCCUGCCCUGUCUCCCUAUGGGGAUUCAGGGCGGUAAAUACCUUUAGCUAUAUAAUCUUAAGUGACUGGCUGCAACUCAGCUUGCACUGAAGAGGUUUGUGCAGUGGAGGAUUUGGGUUUUCUAGAUUGUACUUGGGUCUUCCUUGAUCUAUGCCGAUUUCUUCAACUCAAGGUUUGAUAAAUUGUGUUUCUUACUCAUCAUUCUCUAUAUAACUCUAGGUUUUGUGUUAUUAGAUUUUUGGGACAUUACAAGCAUCCUCUGUUCACAUAGUUUAGGUAUGUCAUCUCAAAAAUGCAUGAGACCGUAAGUGUUUUGAUUCUUUUCAGAUUUUGAAAUACCUGCAUUUAUUUAUAUGUACAUAAUAAAGUAUCUUGGAGAUGGGA